AUGCACUUGCCUGUAGCUCUGCCAGCACGAUAGUUAUGUAUACCUUGGGCACUAACAAUAUAGCGCCUAGUUACAUAUACCUUGGGCACUAACAAUAUAGUGUCUAGUUAUGUAUACCUUGGGCACUAACAAUAUAGGACCACAGAACAGAGAAUAAAACUGAAAUAACUCCAAAGUUGAGGAUAACCUUAGACGUAUCCAAUAUAGGGAUGCAUCUUUACAAAGAAGCAAAAUAGAUCCUAAGGAAAUAUCAUUCUCUAUCAUUGAGAUGUUAUGGCAGUUCUGUGGCUCUUUUUUCAUUGAAUUUAUUAAUACAUUGGUCUACAGUUAGUUCCUGUCACCCAUAGCGUAUUACUACGGAAAUAUUGCAUCGUUUACAUUCGUUCUCGUUUAUAUUGCCAAUGACUAAGUCCACUUUAGAUCCCUGCAGAGUGAUCAUUGUAUUUGGAAUGGAUCAUGCAAUUUAUUGCAAGUGUACAUGAGUUUUGUAGGGCAUGAUUAAACACUUGAGAUGAUAAUGGAAUAUUGCCCAGAAAUAGCAGUCCUACAGUCUGCCUUCCAGCUUGUCUCUGAGAAGGCUGGAAAGCUAUUGUCAGAUCUUCCAAAAGAAAAAUGUCAUGAAUAUGUCAAUAUUAUAUCCACAUCAGUAGAUGAAAUUUGUGAAGGCAUUGAGCAUGACCUUGACCUUGAGGAGAAGUUACUAUGGCAACAGAAGUUACAUACAGUUAUUCUUUAUGUGCUUGUGAAGAAGAAAUACAAGGAGAAAGAGGAGCAGAGAAAGGAAGGGAAGGUGCCUGUCUGUGGAGUACUUGACAUGUUCACAGAGAUUCUACCAACAUACAGUAGCAGUUUCUACUUUGAGCUGAUGAAACAUUGUGGCUGGACAGGGCAAUUCCUACAGAGUUUACAGUGCUUGGACUACAAAAUAGCAUCCUCUCUCUUUGAUGCUUUAUUGUUGCAUUGCCAUAGUGAUCCUUUGACCUUGGAAGAUUGCAAGGUCAUAACUGUGGUGAAAGACAAGCUGUUAUCAAGGUGUUUAUGUGUACCAGACUAUCCCAGUGAACUAUGUGUAAAACUUCUUGAACCAUUGACUCAGUCAAGGGAAUAUGUCCAGACUUUAUACCCAGAAGAAGUUGAAAUUCAAGCAGGAAAGCCGGUUACCAUGGUGACGAAAAACAGUAAUAGAGUAGGGAUACAUUUCUGGAACAUUUAUGUAGAGAAAAAUCCACAUAUAUUAGACACAGUAAUGACUAACUUUGAAAAUGUUCUCGAAAAUUUAAAUGAAGGGUCUGUAGAAAAGGGCAAUCAGGAAUUGUUAGAGACUGUAUCCCAGCUUGGCAUUUGGCUACAUUUAUCUACAAUGAAACCAGACAGUGAUGUUUCUGAUAAAUGGUUGAUAAACAAUCUUUUUGUACCAAAUUGUGACGUGAUGCCUGAUGGGAGGGAAUAUCCUGAUAUUGUAUAUAGUCUGAACUUCACUCUGUUACAGACUAUUUUUAGUCAUUUUCCACAAAGAAGGUUGCUUGUAUGCCUCCAGAAAGCUUUAACUUUAUUAUCAGAUUUGUUUAAAAAUGAGGAUAAUGGAGAUGGAAACAAGAAUCUAGAUUUGAGUCUAAGGUUUAAACAGACUACACAGAUUGUGUCUGGACUGUCAGUGAAUUUGUCUGUGCUUCUGAGAAUGCUGACUGGAUUGAUGACUAUUACUGAGAGUUUGGGGACAGUGGUUGAGAAAUAUGGGGUUCCAGAAGAUUUACAGACAGAAAUUGAAGGUGUACUGUCAAGGAUACAGGAAUACGUUACAGACACAGUAGCCAUGGAGACAGGUCUAGUUCAAGGGGAUACAUGGAUAGAUGAUGUUACAUUAGAGAGUCUGUUAUGGAGGGUGGACUACAAGUUACCACAGUAUCAAGUUUGUGUAGACAGACUCCUAGAAGACAAAAACAUCCAAUUCUGGAUCACAGAGAGGCUUUACUGCAUUAUGAGAAAGUACCCUUCCUUAUUGAGUCGUGUGGACCGAGUUCUUAAACUGUCACAGAUCCUUGAUAUAUUGUAUGGGACCAACUGUGAGAAGAAAACUGCAUCACUCUUUGAUCUGAUUACUGCUGCAUUCUCAGAGUUGUCUUUCCCUGAACAGGACACUGUUGUCAUGAAGAUGUACUGUACAGGUCACAGCUCAGUUCAAGAUUUCUUCAAAAAAGAUUUGGAAAGAAAAGUGACUAAUGUAUUCAACAAAAUAACAGCAGAUAUGGAAAAUCAGGUGUUGAGUGAAGUUAUAUUGCUGUGUUUGGGAGAUCCAGGUCUAGUACUGAGGACAGCUGUCAGUCUGUGUGUCAGAAAUGAACAGCAAGCUCAGAACUGUGCACUGAUUAUGCAGCAGCUUCACAAGACAUGUACAUGUUGUCAUCAAAUGCAUCAUCCAGAAAUGUCAUUAGUGACAUUUGUUGUGUGUGAUUUCCUCAGCUUGCAGCCAUUGUCAGAGAAAGAACAGAAAUGCUUCUGUAUAUUUAUCUCUGAAUUAAUGAUGCCAAGGGGCAAUUUCUCCUGCAAGGGAUCCACCAUGUCACCACCUGAGUUUUUACAUACCUCAGUUUUACGUUGUAUCACAGUUGAUAAUUUAUGGUCCACCAAUACAGUGACAUGCAAAUUUGCUGCUGAGUUGCUGUUAUUAACUCUAGAAGCAGGAUGUUACAAGAACUGUGAUUGGUCAGAAUAUGAAUUUGAGCCAAUAGCAUUAGUUCUGUCACUAGCUGAGAUGAAGCAUGAGUGUGUUGUAUUAUGGGAAAUGCAAAAUCAGUUGCUGGAAGAAGAAGGAAAAGCAGUUGGUGCCAUGGAAACAAGUACAACAAAACUAGCAUUGAAGGAGGCAGUAAAUAAGUGUUUAGAUAUGCUCCGGCAAAUGAUCAUUGAGAAAAACAUCAGUAUACAACACGCUGAUGUACAAUGGUUGCAAGUGGUUACAGCUGAUCUGCACUGGACAGUUAAACUGGGAUUGUGUCCACUUUUCUCUGCCUGCAAUUUUGAGCAGUAUACAGAUGAGUGGUUAUGCACUCUAGAUGGCCUGCUGGAAGACCCAAGCUCAAACUUGGUUAGCAUACUUCAGUUUGUUGCUGUGGACAGAAUGUUCAUACAGAGAAUUGUGGAUAACCUAACACAAGAUACAGAGCUCCACAGUGAGGACAUCAUUCAUGCAUUAAUCCAGGUGUUACCACAGUGUUUAAUGAAUGAGUUUGAGAGAGUUGUAAUGUUUGUGGAAGAGCUGCAGAAGGUAGAGACACUACAUAUAUCCUUGGUGUACAGACUUCAAUCUACAGUCAACUUGCCUCUCCUAGACUUCUCGGAAUUGAGGCCAGCAUUGUAUACUUCCCAGUUGCUAGGUGAUGUGAUCCUGGCCUUAGUGAUGACCUUGCCCUCAGAAGAAGAAUUGAUGCCAAUGUUGCAUUAUGUAGUCCAGUGCUAUGUCAGUGUAAUGAAGACAAGAUGUGAAAAAGUCAUUGAAAGCAGAGAAAUGCAGGUGUUCUACUUAGGUGAACUGUUCCAUCAUGCAUGUCAAGUAACCCUGCAUCUCCCAGCAGAAAUAAUGGACUCUACCUUGGUGUUCCUGCUUCACAUUCUCAACAAGUUCAAGGACGUUACCAAGGGAAUGGUCAAAGGUCAAAAGGUCAAAGAGAGAAAUGAUAGAGUUGGAAUAAAGUUGGUUAAAAACAUGGAGAAUGGUAUGAUGUCAGCUGUACAAAGUCUGCCUGAUUCCUGUGAAGAGAAAAAUAUGCUUUUGAAGAAACUAGGCAAUCAGCUAUGAGUACAGACUAUGGUCUUAAAGAAACUUUGCAGCCAUAAGUUGUUACACAGUAUGCUGACAGAAGAUGGGAUGUAUAAAUUAUUGAAAAAACUGAAAACUGACUGGUCAUGAUAGCAAUGUGUGCAUAAAUUAUGAAUCAUUAUUUCAGGUUUUGAUUGUGUAGAAAUAAACUGUACAGAGUAAUAAUACAGAAAAUUCUUACUAAGAAAAGAAAACUGUGCCCUUAAUGAGAGGAAAUGCUCUUGAGUCUUUGUUGUAUGGUAUGUUGUUAAAGGAACUGUUCAACUGAGUAGUAACUUUAUAUAGUUAAAAUAAAUUUAAAAUGUGGUAAUUUUGUACUUUUUUUACAGACACAAAACAAGUAUAACAAACUGUCAGCUCUUGGUAUCAAUAAAAUAAAAGAUUUUUGCAGUCUG